ACAAAUUCAGUUGUCAUUUCUAUUUUAUUCUCGUCGGAUGGCUAAAGUAAAUUAUUAUUAUAGUUUAUUCGAAUAAAGUACCUACCUGUCAUUUAAUUUUUUUCAAUAUCGAAUAAAAUGAGUAUAAAAUUUAAAUGUACCUGGUUGCCUUUAUUUAUCUGCAUCGUUGCUGCUGCUACCUUAUCGAACAUUGCAGAUGGAUAUAAAAUUCUUGGCGUAUUUCCAAUCGCAUCUAAAUCACACUUUAUCAUUGGUGAUGCUUUAAUGAGGGGUCUCGCUGAAAAAGGUCACGAUGUCACAGUUAUAUCUCCCUAUCCGAUGAGAGAUAAAAAAUAUCAUGGUAUUGAAGUUAAGGCUUUGGUUCCAGUUAUGAAUGGUCUUAUAAAGGACUUUCUUGACCUCCGAGACUUGGGAUUUUUUCAAACUUUUUCUCAAAUCUAUGAGAUGGGUAUACUUGCAACCAAUGUCACAUUAAACGAACCGUUAGUACAAAAACUGAUGAAAUCAAAAGCGCAAUUCGAUGUCAUUGUAAUGGAUCUUUUUGUUGAUGAAGCCUUAUUUGGUUUUACUGAACUCUUCAAUGCCUCAAUGAUUGCUACCGGUUUAUUUGGAGCAACAUCAUGGAAUACCGAUCUAGUGGGAACACCUUCACCACCUUCGUAUGUACCUAACCCAUUUAGUGCUCUAACAGAUCAAAUGAGUCUAUUUGAAAGGAUUGAAAAUCUGGCUAUUCUAACUUUUGAGAAUACUUUUUUUAAUUGGUUUUACCUUCCUCGUCAGGAAGAAAUGCUAAGGAAAUAUUUUCCAACAAUAAAAACGAGUCUUAAUGAGUUAAGAAAAAACACAGCUAUGGUUUUGUUGAAUCAACAUGUCUCCUUAAGUUUUCCGCGCCCAUAUUUACCAAAUAUGAUUGAAGUUGGAGGACUUCACAUCAAUCGUAAACGAAAAAAUCUUCCCGCUAAUAUGCAAAAGUUCUUAGAUGAAGCCAAAGAUGGAGCAAUCUACUUUUCAAUGGGUUCCAACUUAAAAAGCAAAAAUCUACCAGCAGAAAAACGUGAAGCUAUUCUCAGGACAUUCAAAUCCUUGAAGCAGAAAGUUUUAUGGAAGUUCGAAGAUACCAAUCUUCCUGGAAAAAGUGACAAUGUAUUCAUAAGUGAUUGGUUUCCUCAAGACGAUGUUUUGGCACACCCUAAUGUGAAGCUUUUCAUCACUCAUGGAGGUUUGCUGAGUACAACCGAAUCGAUUUAUCAUGGAAAACCAUUCAUUGGAAUUCCAAUUUUUGGUGAUCAAUUUCUAAAUAUGGCUCGAGCUGAAACUAGUGGUUUUGGAAUUAUGGUUGAUUAUAAUGUGUUAUCGGAGGAAAACUUCAAGUCAGCAAUAUUAGAGAUGUUAAACAAUCCAAAGUAUACAAAAAAGAUUCAAGAAGUUUCGGCAAGGUAUCGUGAUCAACCAAUGGAACCAUUGGAAUUGGCAAUUUACUGGGUAGAAUAUAUUGCCAAACAUAAGGGUGCUCCUCAUCUGCAUUGUGCAGCUCAGGAAUUGAACUUUUUCCAAUAUCAUAAUAUAGAUAUUUUAUUUAUCUUACUUGGAGCAAUUGUGUUGUUAGUGUUUGUGAUAAAAAUGUUAAUUCAGAAAAUUAGUUCACAUUCAGGUGCGAACUUGAAAGGCAAAGUAAAAUCGAAAUUAAAUUAAAUUAAUUAUAUUUU